CUUGGAUGCUAAAUCUAGUAAUGACCAGGUGAUAGCCUGGCCGAGUGUAUAUAGUGAGCCCGUGAUGACGCCUCAAUUUGCACAAAUUGCUUUUCCACAAGCUGAUUAAUGCAUUCAGGGUAUGACCAUGUGAUAUUCUGUGUUCUGGAAGUUCGAAUCAUCAGCCUCUUUAUGGCACCCUGGUGGGUCAUAGUACAGAUAUUACACCCAUCCAUUAUGCAUCUCGGUGAUAACGAGUGAGCAUUAUCGUUAGAUAAAGUAAUAUUUAAUGGUCAAAGGGAAGGAACCAGUAGCUAAUAUCUUAACUGCACUCUGCAUUACAUUCCGGAUCUACCCUGCAAUAUGAAUCAUUGGCAUGCCGUGUAAACGGAAAUAAUUUCUCAGUAUAAUAUUCCACUGAAUUCCUGUUACCUUUAAAAUUUAUUAUACUGGUACAACCUUUGCACAAAUGCCACACAUACACAAUCUGAAACCAAUGUUGGACUCAGAAACCCCCAGCAAUAAAAUUCCUCCACCAGUGUACCCACUUGAAAGUUCUCCUGAAAAUACGCCCCAAUCCCCACCACCAUACUUUGCAAAACAAUCUCUAUUCGAAGUUCUAUACAAGUUAGAUCUGGUUCGAAAAAUCAUCAACAAGAAUAUUAGCCUUUCCAUUAACACCUUUCCCAACCUUUCUCAACCGGAUAGUUCCUCUGUCUACACAAAUGGUGAUAUCAUCUCCGGGUAUGUGGAUAUUGACAACUUAAGCGGCGCAGAGGUACCAAUCAAGGCCCUCUCCGUUACUCUUUCGGGAUUGCUCAAAUUCUCGGGAAGCGUCAAACCAAGGCGAUUUUUGCAUUUGAUCGAUCUAGUCGCUUCAUCCUCCUGUAAGGAUGUGGACAACUAUGUGGAUUUAGAUUUCGGUCUCCUAGCUAAGAAGCACAGGUUGAGCAAGGAGUACCAAACCGGCAUCCCUCCUGACCGGAUUUUGCAGCCCCGCUCCAAACACAGAAAGUUUUUUGUAUUCCAGCUCCCAUACUCGCUAUUGGAAGAUACAUGUUCUCAUGGAGUUGCUUCACACUUUGCCUUGCCUUCAACCACUGAUUCAAGAUUCUCACUGGUUGGAUAUUCUAUUCAGGCAAACUUGAUUGUGAAAACCUUAAAGUAUGGUUUUCACAUUGCUGCAUUCCAAGAAGCUUCGUUCGACUUUUUUCAACAGUUUGCCUUUCCGUUGACCGAUCAGGCAAGCCUUUUACCAGAGAUUGAGGGGUUUAAACGGAAUUUUGCAGGAACUAUUGAUAAAAUCGAGAAACUGCUGCUUAACCUUCCCCCAGAACCGCUUGUUGACUCGCACGAAAAGUCUUAUCCUUUCGCAUUGUGUAACAAACUGAAGUCUGGUAGUUGUCUCUCGCGUUCUCCACUCGAAAGGUUCAAGGCAGUCAGUCGUCUAUCGGCGAAAAAGGCAAUUUUUGGGAGUUGUGAUGGUGGGCUACUUAUAGUGGCUACUGACAUGACCCGCCAGAUGGAAAUUCAGCUUCUGAGUAGACUCAUGGGCGAUGCUUCGGCUUCUUUGAACGUUGAAAUAAAGUACAUCCCUGCCCCCUCUUCCAAACAGAACAACAUUCAUCCAAUGAUCAGAUCUUUCUCAGCCUCUUUGGAAAUGCUCGAAUGUCAGUCUGAAGCCCCGAUUCCGUUUCAAAUGUGUAACCAGUUGAUUAAUGAUUUUGAUGGAUCCUACCUCGAGAAGAUGAAACGGGGAUUUCAGUCUUUCCAACGGCGAGUCGACAUGAUCUCGAACGAGUCACUCAAAGACACUUUCAACGUUGAUUUAGUUGCUAUUAAUUCGUUGCAACUUUACCGGGUCAAAAUUAUCGAUCUCGAGGUGGAUUCCGUGAUCCCCGGCAAGGAAAUCUGGUCGGGCUACCGUCAGGAGGACGGUUCCAACCAAUGGACAUGCUGUUUGACGGCUGUGGUGAAGUUUGGUUCUGCUACUCACAAUUUGCAUCACCAAGGAAAGUUAAAGAUUAUGCAAACUUGUUGCAUGACUCAGAUGUAUCUCGUAAACUUGAAUUUGGUUUUAAGUAACGGGCAUCAUGCUAAUGUGUGUGUUCCGGUCAGCUUUGUUUGAACUUUUUUUUUCGUCUGUACCUAUGGUUAUUUCAAC